AGUGCAACGUUAAUAACGAUGGUUUUGGGAAACAGCUCGGAGAUUUAACGACGAAGGUUCUAACGAUGAAUGUAUCCUUAUAGAUGCUUUUGGGAAAAGGGGCCCUGGUUAGGAUAAUUAAAGUAGCAGGUUAGGUGAAUGAGGUUAAGGUUAGGAAAAUGGUUAGGGUUAGCAAAAUGCUCUCCUAACCUACGAAAAUAACUUUGUAUCGAAGUGGCGUGAAAAGUGUGUCCCACCUGAAGGGACGAGAGAAUUGUGGAGAACACGCCUCACAUUCUACAAUUGGUUAGUGUAAUGAUCGAAUAUGCAGUGUACGUUUUCGGAGGAUUUCAUUGGCCGCCAGCUCUAUGAUUACUUCGUAGCAGCGGAUUUCAGCUGGUGCCCCCCUGUACAGUAUAGCGCAUCUACGAAUUUAGGUUGCUGUCAGUCUCAGCAGCUGGAAGGCUUUCGCCCGUAGCUGCAAUGUUAUAAUCCUGGAUUAUCUGAAGCUACCGUAUUGUAAUUGAGUUUUGUAAGCUUUUUAUAUUGCGUUUGUAUACGCAUUGGACCGUAUGGGGGGAUGUCGCGAUGAUGGUCUGCACUAGGAGAACCAAAACUUUGGUGUCGACAUGCGUUAUUUUGAGUGGCAUGACCAAUAUUGUCUGUCUUCUCUACGUCGGCUGGAUCACAAAUUAUGUGGCCAAUGUGAACACCAAAGUCCCAGUGACCGAACCGGAGAGAAAGUUUGAAGAUGACAACAAGGGAGAAACUCUGAAGAUUAUAGAGAGACUGGACCGACUGGAAAAUGUGGUCAACCAACACAUCCAAGAGUUGCCCCAGAAGGGUAGUGAUGAAAAAGUAGGGGAGUCCCUCUCAGACUCCUCCCUGUUUGUCCGCUGGGGUCAUGACCUCGGUCCUGAGAGUCGUCGGGUGGCGCUGAAGAAGUUCCAGUACUACGGCUACAACGGCUACCUCAGUGACCGCCUCUCUCUGGCCAGACCCAUCCCAGACCUCAGACCUGAUGGGUGCAGAAACAUGUCGUACCCCACCAAUCUCCCACAAGUAAGUAUCAUCUUUAUUUUUGUGAACGAGGCCCUGUCGGUCAUCCUGCGCUCCAUCCACACAGCCAUGAACAGGACUCCCUCCCACCUCCUUAAGGAGAUCAUCCUGGUCGAUGACAACAGCAACAAUGCUGAGCUGAAGGAGAACCUGCAGAACUUUGUGAAGGAAACCAACUCCCAGCGGCCAGACUUCAUCAAGGUGGUCCGCCACGACAAGCAGGAGGGGCUGAUCCGCUCCAGGGUCAGUGGGUGGAGAGCCUCCAGUGCCCCCGUCGUUGCCCUGUUUGAUGCCCACGUGGAGUUCAACAUCGGAUG